UCUCUUUUCAGAGUCAAAAUGCCACAAACAAGAAUGCGCAUGAGGCCCUGGCUGGAGAUGCAGAUUAAUUCUAAUAAGAUUCCAGGACUCCUGUGGAUCAACAAGGAAGAACAGUUAUUCCAAAUUCCAUGGAAACAUGCAGCUAAGCAUGGCUGGGAGCUUGAAAAAGAUGCAUGCCUUUUCAGGAACUGGGCCAUUCACACAGGAAGAUAUAAAAAGGGGGAAAUACAGGCUGACGCUAAAACUUGGAAGGCAAAUUUUCGCUGUGCUAUGAAUUCAUUACCUGACAUCGAAGAGGUGAAAGACAAAAGCAUUAGCAAAGGUUCUAGUGCAGUCCGGGUCUACAAGAUGCUGCCACCUUCAGCAAAGUCACAGAAGAAAGAAAAGAAGACAAAGUCUUCAAAAAUCAAGAAUGGGAGAAAGUCUGUGGAAGAUAUCAAGGUAGAGGAGACGGUCGAAGCAACGAACAACAUUCUGCUACCAGAUGACCACAAAGGUUAUUCUCGUCCCAGUUAUCCAUCAGAGGAAAGGGAGGUGGGGAGCACUUCCAUUACAUUAGAUUCUGAUGAACUCUCCACGUGUAACUUAAGCCAUACCCUGACUGAUUGGAGACACCCAAUGGAAAUGCACCUGCCUGACAGCACAAAUGACACAUACACAUUUCAAGUGUCGCCUCUCACUUCCUCCUCUGAUGCAACGGAUGAAGAUGAUGAGAAAUUAUUCGCCUUUGACCUGCCAUUUAACCCCUCUGACUGGCAGCAAACCUGCGUGGGCGGGAAAGGCUAUUUCAGUAAUGAGAGUGGAACACAAAUUCACUUCAUUGACCUUCCUUUCCAAGAGCAGGAUGCAGCCAUCGAUACAACAAACUCAGAAACUAGCCAAAUUGACACGAGAAACAUUCUGGACUUCUCUUUGUUGGAGACACUGCGAUUGACUACUUCACACCCCAUAUCCUGCAUCAUGUAA